CAUCUCUUCCCUUUCUGCGCCCGAUGUUUCCAAUCUUGACGUCGGCGAUGCGUGGGUCGAGAUUAUCAGAUAGAAGGAUGUUGGACAACACCGGUGACCGUGGGUGGUGCCGAUGUGAUGUAGGUAAUUUAUGUGUGAAAUCCAGAUUUGAGUUUGAGAAAAACCCAAAUCUGGGUUCGAGAGAAGAUCUGGAUUUUGGAUGGCCGCAAAAGGCACACCAGGAUCACUUCACUCAUGCUCUCCGCUUGCUGAGUGAACCAUUCAUCGGUGCCGAGGAAGAAGCCUAGGAAAGAAGAAGGGCGAAUGGAUGAGAGAGACGAAGCGAGGAAGAAGAAGAUAAUAAUCUAAUAUUAAAUUA